AUGGCCGAAAUCGGUCUCAAUGUCUUUCAAGUCAUCCAGAAUGAGCUUCUUUCUCGUGAAGGAACUCGCUCAACUCUGGGCAUUGGCUUCCGUCUCUCAAUCAUAGAAGAACGUCUGAAAAACCAUGAGGCCAAGACAAAGAAUGGCUUGGUGUGGAAGCCACUGCAUGCUCUUGUCCCUAUAUCAGCCCUGACACCGGAAGCAAGAGAGGCUUCGGAAAGUCAGAGAAAAAGACUUCUUGAGAGAAAGGGUGCUCGGCCAUCAAGAGACGAAAAGGAUCCCACCAUGCUGAUUCGAGACGAUGAGUUAUGGAUGAUUCAUCGUGAUUUUCCACGGACUGUCUUGGAGUUCAAGGAGCUUCAAUUCCACCCUGAACGGGUUCGAAGUCUCCUUAACUUCUAUGAUGUCAAGGUUUAUCGGCCAGACAUGAGGCUGGUUCUUGUGGAUCGUGCUGAUGGUCUGGUUGAUGUAAAAAUGAACCUGGAGACUUGUCUCGAGGAACUGGCGACUUCAUGGGGCAUCAAUUGGUUCAGAAUUGGGGGUCUGGUCUUGCCUGGACAACCUUUGCCUGCGCAGCCCAUGCCUGCUCCAUACCAGACCUGA